AUGGGUGAACAAAACCGGUACAAUGAAGCCGGUGUAAAUGAUGAAGAAGCAUAUUUGGACAGCGGGUUUUCACGAAGUGAUUGGAAUCCAAAAAUUUCAGUUGGGCAAAUUUUCUCUAGUAAGAAAGCAUUGUUGACGGAGUUACGGUUCAUGGCAUUAAGAGGCCACUUUGAAUUUAAGGUGCAAUUCUCUUGCACUAAGAGGUUGCUUGUGGUUUGUUGUCAACGUCCAUGCCCAUGGCGGGUCCAAGCAUCGAGAAUUGGAGAAUACAGCUUCAUGAUUGUGAGGUGUACAACUGUCCAUGAAUGUGAUUUGAGGUUCGUAAGUGACAAGCAUCGUCAAGCAACCGUAGCACUUGUAGCCACUUCACUUAAAAGGAAGUUGAAGGAUUCUCGAACAAUAUACACACCAAGUGACAUUAUGAGAGAUGUGAAACACAGCUUUGGUUGCACCAUCCAUUAUUCGAAAGCUUGGAAAGCAAGGGAGUUAGCUCUAUUGUCCAUUAGAGGAUCAGCGGAGGAGGCAUAUUAUAUCCUUCCAGCUUAUUGCUAUGAAUUGGAGCGUAUGAAUCCCGGCACAAAAACACACAUCCAAACUGAUGAGAACAAUCACUUUGUGUAUUUAUUUAUGGCAGUUGGCGCAUGUAUUAGAGGGUUCCGUUCUUCCAUGCGCCCAGUGAUAGUCGUGGAUGCCACUCAUUUAAAAUCCAAGUACAAGGGUGUGUUUGUAGCAAAUGCAUUCGAUGGUAAUCGAAAUAUAUAUCCUCUUGCUUUUGGGAUCGGGGAUUUGGAGACGGAUGCAUUAUGGCAUUGGUUUUUCACUAAACUUCAUGAAGCCAUUGGUGAGUGUCCCAAUCUUGUUAUUAUUUCUGAUCGCAAUGUUAGCAUAGAGAAUGUGUGGAACAAAAUUUUUCCAACUGCACAACAUGGCAUAUGCUUUUAUCAUAUGAAGGGGAACAUGAAACGCACUUGCAAGUUGAAAAAGCGUGAUCACAUACUUAUGCACUUUGAGCAGGCUGCGAAAUCUUAUUCCAUUGCUGAAUUUGAUUGUCAUUUUCGCAACAUCAAGCGAAAGGAACAUGUUGCUCAAUAUCUUGAAGAGGCAGGGUUACAUAAGUGGUCUAGAGCUCACAUGGAUGGACGCCGCUACAAUGUAAUGACAACAAAUAUUGCGGAAUCAAUCAACUCAGUCCUUAGGUUUGCAAGGAUGCUGCCAGUGGUUCAUUUGAUAGGGGAAAUUGUUAAUCUCCUUGUGAAAUGGUUCACCGAACGUCGUGAGUUGGCUUUGAAUUGCACAACAACAUUGUGCCCCAAUUUCGGAGAGAAGAAGUUGAGGAACAGGUUGGAGGAUGCUGCAAGGAUGAAUGUGGUUAAAUUAAAUAAUGCACAGUUUAAUGUUUUGGACGGUGAUAAGGACGGCUUCGUAGAUUUGACGAACAACAGUUGUAGUUGUAGAAAGUUUCUGCUUGAGCAGCUACCUUGCAAGCAUGUAGUUGCAGUUUGCCGCUUCUUGAAAGUAAAUGUAUACUCAAAGGCUUCUCGGUAUUACACUCAGAAAACCUGGAUGGAUGCUUAUUCGGAUAGCAUCUACCCGGUACAACCUCACGGAAUGUGGGAUAUUCCUGAAGAUGUUCGAAGUCGAGUUGUGCUGCCUCCCAUGGCAAGGGUCAUGCCAGGCAGACGAAAGAAGAUAAGAAUUCCCUCGCAAGGAGAGGGCACCAUUAGAAGAAAGUGCUCAAGGUGCGGUUCCGCAGGCCACAAUAAAAGCACCUGUAAAAACAAUAUUCCAUUGCGCAAUGUAUCUUAG